CAUUCUCCCAACUCAUUAGCCUCUCAAUCAAGUAUUUCUCAAAUUAAUUGUUCAAGACAUACUGUCAUUCUCUCUCUCGCUCUCUCUUCUUUUCAUUCGGUUAUCUCAGCAAUCGAUCAACUAGCUAGUCAAAUGGCAAACCACAGAAGCCUCAUUCUCCUCUCUUUCCUAUUCAUUUUCAUCUACUCAGCCAUUGCCAAGGCAGUCACUUACAGCGUGACCACCUUAGGAGCCAAACCAGAUGGCAAGACCGACUCGACUAAGGCCUUCCUCUCUGCAUGGGCUAAAGCUUGUGCCUCGGUGAAACCCCCUGUGAUUUACGUGCCGGCUGGGAGGUUCUUGCUGCGCAAUGCCGUCUUCAGCGGUCCGUGCAAGAACAGCCGCAUCACCUUCCGCAUUGCUGGCACCCUCGUUGCUCCCUCAGAUUACCGGGUCAUCGGAAAUGCCGGCAAUUGGCUCCUAUUUCAGCACGUCAACGGGGUCACCAUUUCAGGUGGAAUUCUUGACGGUCAAGGCACUGGCUUGUGGGCUUGCAAGAACUCCGGCAAGAGUUGCCCCAGCGGAGCAACGACAUUGAGUUUUUCCAACUCCAACAACAUUGUGGUUAAAGGAUUGGUAUCUCUAAACAGCCAAAUGUUUCACAUAGUCGUCAACGGUUGCCAUAACGUGAAAAUGCAAGGGGUUAAAGUAUCCGCCUCCGGCAACAGCCCUAACACCGACGGCAUCCAUGUUCAGAUGUCCUCAGGCGUUACCAUUCUCAACUCAAAGAUCUCUACAGGCGACGAUUGCGUCUCCAUUGGUCCCGGCACUUCUAACUUGUGGAUUGAAAAUGUUGCAUGCGGACCGGGUCAUGGAAUUAGCAUCGGGAGUCUUGGCAAAGACCUAAAGGAAGCUGGUGUGCAAAAUGUAACGGUGAAAACAGUGACAUUCACUAAUACACAAAACGGUGUGAGGAUCAAGUCCUGGGGGAGGGCUAGUACUGGAUUUGCCAGGAACAUUCUUUUCCAACAUUGUGUCAUGAACAACGUUCAAAAUCCGGUCGUCGUCGAUCAAAAAUAUUGUCCCGACAACAAAGGCUGCCCUGGUGAGGUUUCUGGAGUUAAAAUCAGUGAUGUGACAUAUCAAGACAUUCAUGGCACUUCGGCAACCGAAGUGGCAGUGAAAUUCGAUUGUAGUUCAAAGUACCCAUGUAGCCGAAUCAGAUUGGAGAAUGUGAAGCUCACAUACAAGAACGAAGCAGCUCUAGCUUCUUGUAGCAAUGCUGGUGGAACCUCUGCGGGUACCGUGCAGCCUACAAGUUGUCUAUAGUUGUACUAGUGCUUGGGGUAAAAGCAAGAGAUCAGAUUAAGAGAAAUUAUAAGCUAGAAGUUUUUUAGUGUGUGUAGUAGUUGAUUGUUUGAAUGAAUUGAAGUAGUAGUUGCUUGAGCCUGUGGCGUUGGCGCGCAUCUUCGAUCCUAUUAUAUGUUGAUCGAGUUUCGUCUGUAGCCUGGCCUUGCAAUUAGCUACGAGCUAGUUACUUAAGUCGUCAUGUCCUGAUCGAACCCUUUUGGUGGUAUUUGUAUUGGAUCUCGAUUGUAUUGAUUGAAGUAAGAUGUGUUUUUUGUUUUAGC